GACGUACCAUCUCCGCGGACGGGAAGGCCGACCGCGAGAUAACGAGCCGCAGCUGUCGAGCGUGGAAGUGCUACCGCCGGAACAGUGCUUCGAUGUACGACAGGCGACGGGCCGACCGCCAGCUCAAGAUCCGGCUACUCCAGGCUGAAGUGGUGGAGACUCUCCUAUAUGGGUACGCUUCGUGGAACCUAACAGCGGAGCACUACACGAAGCUCAAAGGGACCCACCGCCAGUUCCUUACACGGUGCAUCGGCUGGAGCAAGCGGAAACGCUCAGACCGCCCCCUGUCCUAUGCCCAGGCCCUCAUCCAGGCAGGCUGCGAGGAAACCAUCGAGGCCACCGUGCGCAAACGGAGACUGUGUUUCGCGGGCUUUGUUAUGCGCAUGGAGGACAGCCGCCGCCCCAAGCGCAUGCUGUUAGGAGCGAUGGCGGGGGGCGUGGGAUGCCGGGGCGGGCAGGAGAGCGACUGGGUGUCCCUGUUACGGUUCGGGGCAUUCAUUGUUCCGCAAAGAGAGGUAGUUGGCCGCAUUCAGCGGAGCCUCUGCAAGAGCUGUCUGGACUCGCCCUCCUCUGCUCACAACCAAGCUACCAUCCUGAGCUUGAACUAAAAGAAUAAGACAUAACAUCCACAAGGAGGCCUUUGCUCCGACGCUACAUCGGCUACUACAGCUGGUACAAGUAUCUUCACUACUCAUCGCACUCGGUACAGUCGUUCGAUUGCACAAGAAGAGGUCAGUGUGUGUGCAUCGUUGCAUGAGCGAACACCUGUCAGGAGCAAUAAUCCCCUUCCUCGCACCAUAAACCGUGCCGUGAACGGGAGCUGUUACGUAUUUACUGCUUACACACUUGAGACCUCUACCCUGCGUGCUAGCGACUCGNAGAGCCAUAUAAUCCCCUUUCUCGCGCUAGAAACCGUGCCGUGAACGGGAGCUGUACGUACUUUAUAUUUUCAUGGAUAAAACGGCCCAUAGGGCCGUUUUAUAAGGGCCGUUUUAUCCAUGAAAAAAAAUUGUAAAAAUUUUGUACAAAUGUACAAAUUGUCCGAAAUUGCGGAACUUGUACAGAGGCGUUUGUCCGAAUAAAGUCCAAAAAUUCGGAACGAACCUGGGCGCCAAAAAUUGUACUCAGUAGCUUCCAAAUUUUGUACAAAUUGUCCAAAUAAAUUGGAGCAUCACAACAAACCCAGCAGCUAAAGGGCCUACAGGACCAACUACAAGGAAGAAGCAGCAGCGGAGGGUACUUGGAUAGCGGUAGGGCCAUGGCGGAACGCAGGAAACGCGGCGCGCCUCUUGGUUCGUCGUGUGCUGGCCCACCGAGCCAACGAUUCAGGCGUGCAUCCGGUCGCCAAUAGCUGGUGCGGCAGAUGAAAGCAGCUGCUGCUGUGGUGGUGCUGGUACUGAGUGCGGCGGCAGUGGUCACCUCUGUAGCUGUGCACGCUAGCGCUAAAAAGACGCGUGCGGCUAUCCACGAGCCACGGCGCCUGGUUUGGGAGGAUCACGCUGCUGACCUCAACAAGCGGAAGCUCUUCCGUAGGAUGUAUCGCAUGGAGGAACCGGUGUUCAACAAACUGGCUGGGUUGCUGGAACCGAUCCUCCAACGGAACGACUACUACGCAAGAAAACGGUAUCAAGGCGGUGCUGUUCCCACGAAGAUCCGACUAGCUAUCGGCUUGCGGAUGAUGGCCGGUGCUUCGUAUCUCGAUGUCGCCGUGCUUUUCGGCGUGUCCAAGGAGACGGUCUUCAGCAUCUUGUGGCAGGUGGUGGAUGCCAUCAACAGCACAGCAGAGGUUGGGCCGUUCUUUUUUCCGCAGAGCGAGGAUGAGUGCACCCGGCAGGCGGCAGAAUGGGAGGAAAAAAGCACGGGCGGCGCCUUUCAAGGUGUGGUAGCUGCGGGGGAUGGCCUCUUCGUGAAGACUCUUGCUCCGACUGCCCUCAACACUCCGAACGUUCUCUCGUAUUAUUCUGGGAGCAAGUGCGGCUACGGGGUGAACGUACAGGCGACAUGCGAUGCCAACUACCGGUUUUGCAGCAUGUCUUGCAUUGCACCCGGCUCGACCACUGACUGGACGGCAUGGAACCAUUCGGAUCUAUCCACAGCGGUGAAAAACCUGCCGCCAGGCUUCUACAUGCUCGGAGACGCGGCUUACCCCCUAAGCGACCACCUGUUGACUCCGUACCCAGGGAGGGGACUGCCGCUGGACAAAGACGCGUUCAACUUCUAUCUGAGUUAACUCAAAGUCAGGAUCAAGCAAGCGUUCGGCAUUCUCGUCGGCCAGUGGGGCAUCCUGUGGAAGCNUCAUGCGCGGAGACGCGGCUUACCCCUAAGCGACCACCUGUUGACUCCCCAACUCAGAGUCAGGAUCGAGCAAGCGUUCGGCAUUCUCGUCGGCCAGUGGGGCAUCCUGUGGAAGCCGUUGNCAGGCACGCCCCCACCUACUCGGCGACAAGACUCUGCCAGGAUCUUUCAGCACGACCACCAAGGACGCGCAGAAACCGACCAGGUCAGGCGAAGUCUCCACGCGCAAGGGGAUCACGAUGAUGCUGGACAACAAGCGCCAGUACCGCCCAAAGCACAACUUGGUGCGUAAGGCAGCGAGGAAGACGUGAGGGAUCGAACGCGGGCGGGCUGCGGUGGAGGGUGGGUCCCGAGGACGUAGUGCAUGGAU